AUGGAACAUAUUCAGAAGCUUCUACGUCCGCAAUUUUCGCGAAAUCAAAUCAAGGAUCCUAUAACAGAACCUCUUUCGGGACAGUCAACGCCAUUAGCCUACGGACUUGCCAACAAAUUCGACAAGCUUGAGGUUGAGGAGCAGUUCCUGAGCCGGGAUAUCCAGAAUCUCCUCGACAAAUAUGGCAGAUUCGGAAAGUUUAUAAACGCCACGUACGCUGCCUAUUAUAAGGAGCGCGACGAGCGCCCGGGUUUUCACGAACAGCCAGUUGACGAGAUGAACUUCCACGUCUACAACCAAGGCCGAGCAAUGUCUGUACCCGACAUAUUUGGCGUCGAGGUCGUUAGGCGCCAUAGUUCAACCAGACAACGUGCUGCAAUACAAGCCUAA